GUUUUUAUAUGAGUAGGAUAGCAGGAUAAUGAUAGAUGUCAACUUCCGGUCUUCCACAAAACUUUUCUUUAAACUUCUAUUCCACCCUUCUUCUCUAACAACACUACUCUUGAAAGUUUCUCAUUUAUUUGUAGGACAACUGUGAAGAAACUUUGAGCUAUUUAUCUGUGAUGUGGUGGCUUGGAGUAUUAUCUCGAUGCAGCUGUUUGUGCCCUCAUCGCUUGACUGUUGAUUGAAUUGAUUAAAGAGCCAUUUCUUGAUUCUGAAUACCCUUCACAUUUCUACAAUUUGAAGCUUGAAUAUGACUACGCUUCUGCCUGUUAGUUUUCCGGAAAGCAGGAGACCUUACCUUGGUGUUGAAUCUAGUUUUGUACCCUCUAUAACAAUUGAUAGGAUUGCUACAGAUGGAAAGACUUUGGUUUCUAUGAGGAAAUGUAAAAAAGGGUCUCUCUCUAUAUGUUGUUCAGCUCCAAAGGUUGUACGAGACCGAUCAUUAGAUAAGCAUGUAAUUAAACAAAACAGAAUACGGUUUGUGCAGAAGCUGAGGAUCUUGCUUCUUUCAAAACCUAAACAUUACAUGCCUCUACACAUUCUUUCCAAAUGCCGCUCCUACUUGUCUUUAUCGAAGCCUCGAUCAAUUGUGUCCAUGAUACAACGUUAUCCUACCCUUUUCGAACUCUUUUACAUUCCAUAUCCACCAACUCCAUUUAAUGCCACAAAAACAAACUCACAACUUUGUGUACGUCUAACCCCUGCUGCUGAAUCACUUUCUAUGCAAGAAGCCCAUCUUAAGUCUUCUAUGUCUGUUACACUUGCCAACAAGCUUCAAAAGCUUCUCAUGCUUUCCCCACAUAAGAGGCUUGUUUUGUCUAAGCUUGCCCAUUUGGGCCCUGAUCUUGGUCUACCGAUCAAUUUUAGGUCCUGUCUUUGCAAUAACCACCCCGAACAAUUCAAGAUUGUCGAUACAUCCUAUGGUCGUGCACUUGAGCUUGUUACUUGGGAUCCCAACUUAACAUACCCAUUGGAAAAACCAAAAAAUUGCACACAAGAGCUGAUAGUGGAUCGACCUUUGAAAUUUAAGUUGGUGAAACUAAGAAAGGGCAUAAAUGUAAAGAGAAAGCAUCAUGAUCUUUUGGUCAAAUUCGGAGAGUUGCCCAAAAUUUGUCCAUACAAUACAUCUAUUGAGGAUUUUCGGAAAGAUUCUAUUGAAGCAGAAAAGAGGGCUUGCAGUGUGGUGAGAGAAAUUUUGGGGAUGACAAUUGAGAAGAGGACAUUGAUUGACCAUUUGACGCAUUUUAGGAAAGAUUUUGGGCUACCCAACAAGUUAAGGGCUAUGUUGGUUCGGCACCCAGAGCUGUUUUAUGUAAGUUUGAAGGGAGAGAGGGACUCAGUGUUCUUGGUAGAGGCAUAUGAUGAUAAGGGUGAACUUAUCCAGAAAGAUGAAGGUCUCAUAGUCAAAGAGCGUUUGUGUGAGUUGGUCAGGCAAGGAAAGAGAAUAAGGCGAGCUAGGAAAUUGGCUCUGGCUAAUGAUGAGUCUAUGAUUCGUGAUCACCCUGUGGUUGUUGCUCAGUUGGAACCUUUUGAUGAUGUCCAUGAUGAUGGAUUAGAUGAAAUUUUUGACUGGGAUGAUUCAGAUUUUGAAAUUUUCGAGGAAGACGACGAUGAUGAAGAGUAUACAUGGACCUUGGAAAAGCACAAAUUCUGGAUUUCAGAAAGUUCUUUAAAGGGUCAUGGUGAUGGUGGUGAUACUUUUGAGCGUUGGUAGUGGUGAGUGGUGAUAGUUCAUGACCAAAAUGGUUGAUGUUAUUAGUGAAAAGUAUUGAAGUUAAAUCAUUGUAGAAAACCCUUGCCCCUAUUUUAAUAAAUAAAUAAAUAAAAUUGUUUGUAA